AUGAAGCCUCGCAGAGGUCCUCUCGUCGUAGAAUCGCUAGAUGAAGGACAAUCUAGAACUCAGAAGCACCAUGGUGAGAAAAUGAAAUAUUAGAAAGCUGAAAGCUGGGUUUCAGAUCCAUUUGCCGAAGUUCAGCUCGAGAAUGUGCUCAAAGAGCUCUCGUUCAUCAGGAUUCAAUUGGAUGACAUUAACCUUCCGUCGACAAAUCAAUUUAUUCAAAAGCUUUACAAUUCCAGGCAGCUUUACGGGUUCGAAAUCAAAGAAAGAUCUGAAAUAAGUAAAAAUUUGUUUCCGUUCAGAUUCCAGUUAGAAUACUCGUUUCCUUGUUUGGACGUCGUAUCGAAGGCACUCAAAGCGACCGUGAGAAUUCCCGAAAAAGACACGACCUCGACGAGAAUCGAAUUCAAGCACAAGGUGGGUGUAAUCGAACGGAAAUGUCUUCAAAGGGCUCCAGAUUGCAGAGAGUCGUCCUACUGAGCAUGCACGAAGAUCAGGUUGCUCAAUGGCAAAGGUCCCGGCUCACAAUCCAUCUGCUCGUUCAAAUGGCCGUCAAUGGGAAGCACACUGUAAGAGAAUAAUCAAUUUCAAUCAAAAUCUUCGAUCAUUUUCAGACCCGCCCACUCGCGAAAUGCUCGAUUCCAUUGUACGAAUUACUUGUCGCGCCCUACAUGAUUUGCCGUGAUUUCGACUUUGUUGGACCCGAUUUUGAAGCGACGGCGCUGAUUCGAAUUGACUUGGGGAGUCGGGUGAAGUCGUUGAUGGAAAGAUUGGAAUCUCUUCGGGGUGAUCGUAGCCUCGAAGACACGUUCGUAGUGACCGACAGACAUCGGGAUCCAGUUGGCAGAAGGACUCGCUCCAGAUGUUCCAGCAGAUGCAGAGCACACAGCUCGGCGAGUAUGGGAUGGUUCGAAGAGGAAGAACGGGAGAACAGAGGGCCAAGAGCGAGCCGACGACCGCAUUCCGCCACGUCAUCGCUGACUUCCACGUCCACGCCGACACCCAUCAUACUUCCAAGAAUUCAGAAUCAGAAUGUGCCGGAAAUAAGAGUCCGAAUGCCGACUUCUUCCUCUUCCAUUGGAUCCGAUUCCGUUUUUGUUCGUCCUGAAGCCAUCAGAAGACCGACUGUUCAGGAGGUUGAGCAACCGAUUGAAAGAAUCACAAAGACGGUUUCCAACUCGUACGGAGCGUCAACGGUCGGAGAUGUUGUGGAGGAAGUGAGCAUCGGAAGCAAGUACUACAUGCAGCUGACUGUGCACUCGGCGACCGGACUUCCGCCAAUUGAGGACCAUGAGUGAGCAAACAUCGAAAAGACUUUGUAGGCCAAUGAGUUAUUUCUAGAGGCCGCGUCACGAGUCCAUCUUCAUUCAUUUCGGUGCUCGGGAGAGAAGGAGACCUCCGUUCCCGCGUUGUUCCGCACUCUCGGGAGCCCCGAUGGGAGUUCACGGCCCGAUUCGUUGUCAGUUCGGAGCGUCGCAAUCUCGUCGUAAAAGUGUACCAUCACGGGGUUUCUGGAGACAGUCCUCUUGGAUUUGUGACUAUUCCGUUGCCAGUUGUGAACACCCGGAAGGCGCUCUUCGAAAUGACGGAUGUGACUCGUAUGAACAGAUACACAACUGAUGUGCCGAUGCUCACGAUCAGUAUGGAAAGAGUGAGGAAUGUGGACGAUGACGAGGACGGAUUCAGAAGAACAACUUCUCGGAUGACGUCCUCCAGAAGCACUCAAUCCUCCCCACCUAGAUUCCCUCCUCCACGCGUCGAAUCUCCGUUGAUAACUGAAAGCAGCGAAGCGAUCAAAGGACGAAUGCACAGAUGUAUGGAGGAGUUGGAGACGAUGAUGAGGGGAAUUAACAAGUAA